AUCAUAGAAAUAUUCAGUGCCACUUUACCAGCGAUUGGAAGUGCAUCGUUACAACUUGCAAUAUCCUCUUCAAGAUGUUCUUAAUAUUUUGUAUACUAAGUACAUUAAUUACUUUGCCACAAAUUAACGGCGAUGGUCUCAUCGAAGUUUUUAAAUGGAAACAAAUGGAUUAUUAUAAUCGUGGGAAUAGUGAAGGCACAUCUACAUUUACUUCUCCAACUAAGACAAAUAAUAACCGAAAAGGAGUUAUAUAUUUUCCCGGUCAGUAUUAUGGGGCACGUAGUAAACGUCAGCAGGAGCAAAUUGAAAAUAAUACAAAUCCCUCAUAUAUUCCAUAUAAUAAUGUACCGAUGGGAGUAACGCAUUAUAAUGAACGUCUAUUUAUAACUAUGCCUAGACGUAGAGUUGGAAUACCGUCAACACUGAAUUAUGUCGAUUUACGUAAAGAUGGUAACCAAAUGAGUCCAAAAUUACAUGCCUACCCGGAUUUUGAAACUAAUCAGCUCAAGGCAAACUCGGGAAAUUUAGUUUCCGUUUACAGAACCAGUGUGGACUCAUGUCAACGUUUAUGGUUCAUUGAUACGGGUAUAUUGGAAUAUCCUGAUAAUCGAAUGCAACUUCAGAAGCCAGCAAUAUGGAUAAUGGAUUUAAGUACAGAUCGUUUAUUACGACGUUUUGAGAUACCAGAAUCUACUGUACAACAAGGCCAAGGUUUGGCCAGUAUAACUAUCGAUACUGAUAAAGGAUGCGAUAAAACUUUUGCAUAUAUUCCGGAUUUGGUUAAUAAUCAGCUUUACGUUUAUAGCUUGGAAGCAAAUAAAAUUUGGACAUUUCAACAUAAUUACUUUCAUUUCGAUCCCCUGGCCGGAGAUUUGAAUAUCGGCGGUCAAGCAUUCAGUUGGAGUGAUGGAAUAUUCUCAAUUACAAUAGGACCCAAAGAUAAUGAUGGUUCACGUGUAGUACUCUUUCAUCCGAUGGCAAGCCAUAACGAGUUUAUGGUAUCGAAUAAAGUGCUGCAAAAUGAAAGUCAUGCCGAGAACGACGACUACGAUAGGGACUUUCAAUUGCUCGGCAGUCGCGGCGAUGCCCGACAAUCGACCAUGCACGAAUACGAUCCUCACACUAAUGUAGUCUUUUACGCCGAAAUACAGCGUAAUGGCGUUAGCUGCUGGAAUACAAAAACGCGUUUUUCUCCCGAUAAUCAUGGCACCGUAGCACAGGAUCCGCAACUCAUGAUCUAUCCCAGUGAUUUGACGAUUAAUGAAGACGGGGUUAUGUGGGUUAUGACCAAUUCCAUGCCAAUUUUUAUAUAUUCAACUUUAGAUACGAACACUUACAAUUUCCGCGUUUGGAAGCAGAAGACAUCGGAGGCCAUUAAGAAUACAGUAUGCUCUUGAAAGCAAUAGACAAUUUUUCAUAUAAUUUUUUUUUUUUGUAUAAAAGAAGUUUUAUUUUCUAUAGAUGUAGAUUUCAAUAAUACGAAAAAAAUA